AUGUGUCUGUCCAUGCCUGCUCAUGUCCUGUUUGGACACAGGCUGUCCUCCACCUUUAUUGCAUGGAACUGGAGUAUUGGGUUAGAGCUGAGGGCUGUGUAUGCAUGCUGUUUGUGUAUGUGUGGGUGUGUUGGAGAAGUCCGCUACAUCCUUCCAGAGGAGAUGCAGCGGGGGUCGGUUAUCGGCAAUGUUGCACGGGAUCUGGGGCUGAAAGUGACGGAGCUUGAAGCUCGUCGAGCUCGUGUUGUUGCAGAAGGAAGUAGCCAGCUGUGUGAACUGGACACUGCGUCAGGCAAUCUUUUGAUCAGCCAACGGAUAGACCGAGAGGAGCUAUGCGCGCAAGCCAGUGUCUGCAUCCUGCAGUACCAGCUCUUACUUGAAGAUCCCCUUCAAGCAUACAGCAUAGUUUUGGAUAUUGCAGAUAUUAAUGACAACAGCCCAGUGUUCGCUGCAGAUGAGAUACAACUGGAUCUAGUCGAAUCCACUGUCCUGGGGAGGCGCUUUCCCUUGGAGAGCGCGCAUGACCCCGAUCUUGGAAGCAACUCUGUCCGUGAAUAUGAACUGAGCCCGAAUAAUCAUUUUGCACUGGAAAUAAGUACCCAAAUAAACGGCAAUGCAUAUCCGGAACUGGUUCUGAAGAAGGCCUUGGACCGGGAGGCAGAAGCUGAACAUGUACUGAAAAUCAAUGGAAUUGACGGGGGAAAUCCAGUCAGAUCAGGAUCUGCGUCUAUUCAUAUCCGUGUUUUGGACGCCAAUGACAAUGUCCCAGUUUUUAGCCAACGAGUUUACAAGGCAUCUGUGCCAGAGAACUCUGCCAUAGGGACUGUUAUAGCAACGCUCAAUGCAACAGACUCAGAUGAAGGCGUUUAUGGAGAGAUAACAUACUCUCUCAGUCACCUGUCAGACAAGAUGGGAGGAGUCAUUGAAAUUAACCCUCUGAGCGGAGAAGUCCGGUUGGCAGGUGUCAUUGACUAUGAAGAGGCUAAUACGCACGAGCUGGAUGUUCAGGCCAAGGAUGGGGGUGGUCAGGCGUCUCAUUGUAAACUUAUAAUUGACGUUAUUGACGUAAAUGACAACAAACCAAUGAUAGAAGUAAAGUCAGCCUCUGCUAACCUGGCGGAAGACUCGCAACCAGGAACUAUGGUUGCUCUGAUUAAUGUGUAUGACCUGGACACUGGAAGCAGUGGGCGAGUCACGUGCACAAUCCCAGACAAUGUUCCAUUUAAAUUUGUAUCAGAGGUCAAAAACUAUUACAUGUUAGUGACUGACGGAAUACUAGACAGAGAACUUCAAUCCGAGUAUAACAUCACAGUCACUGCCAUCGAUGCGGGCUCUCCCUCACUCUCCAGCGUGAAAGUUAUAACAAUCGUGGUCAAUGAUAUAAAUGAUAACCACCCAACUUUUACGCAGAGCGAGUGCAAUGCCAACAUCUUGGAAAACCAACCCAUUGGCACGUUUGUCAUGAAAGUGAAAGCAGUGGACAUUGACGACGGAUCUAACGCUAAAAUACUGUACGAAAUAUCAAAGGACACAAAGUCAGAAGUGUCCUCCUUCCUCACCAUCAACUCAGACACUGGUGAGCUUUUCACAUUGCGCCUCUUCGAUUACGAACAGUCAGUACACUUUCAGAUUAAGGUGACAGCUCGAGAUGAAGGCGACCCUCCACUCUCCACCACCUGUACUGUUAACGUUUUUAUUAAGGACCAAAAUGACAACGCGCCUGUUGUCUUAUAUCCUGUCCAAACAGCCGGGUUCAUUGCUGAGGAUAUGGUGCCAAUGGAGGCGCCCAGAGGUUACCUGGUUUCUAAAGUGGUUGCUGUGGACUCCGACUCUGGCCAUAACGCCUGGCUCUCCUACAGGAUUAUCAAAGCAACGCAGCCCAACUUGUUUAUAGUCGGCCUGCAUACAGGAGAAAUCAGAACUGUGCGAGCAUUCAUGGAGGACGAUGAACUGAAACAAACUGUUGUCGUUUCAAUAACGGAUAACGGGCCUCAAUCUCUCUCCGCCACCGCUACCGUCAACGUAAUGAUUGGUGACGGGCUGCCGGUUUUAAACGAACUCUUUGAAUUUGCAAAUGAGUCACAGGACAGCGACAACUUAACCCUCUAUUUGAUUAUCGCUCUUACAACCGUCUCCUCCCUUUUAAUCAUAUUAAUCAGUGGAGUGUUUUAUUUCAAGCUCUGCAGGCGUAGUUAUGUGUACCAUUCAACCACCGAUAGUCUCCCCGUUUUCCCCACAACCUACCUCCCCCCUAGUUUCACAGAUUUAAGCCGUUGUGGGACCCUGCUAAAAGAUGACCGCUAUGAUUCCUUCUUGACCACGGGGUCGUGGAGAGGCGAUUUUCGUUUCGGCUCAAGCACAGACACUGACACACUGAAGCAAAGAAGCGCAGCCUAUCAAAAAAACACGCUAAGGCACGCGAGGGCAGGUGCACCGCUUCCUUGUUACGUGCUCAAAUGA